CUUCCUUUGGUCCGCGAAUCCUUUCCAACCCUUUUGUCUGCAGGCGGACUCCAUACCGCACACAGCGCUGCAACCGCAACCGCAGAGAAAGCCACGCCCCCUCGUCGGCCCGGGUUCCUCCUCCCCGGCCGCCCGCACGUACACGUGCGCGCGCUGGGUUGAGACUCCCAGGGCAGGAGCGGCGCGGCGACUCCCAGACGUCAUGGCGGCCGAGCUGAGCGACAUGGCGGAGCCGCCCGCGGUCCUGCCGCCGCCUUCCUCUUCCUCCUCUUCCUCCUCCGCGUCGCCCUCAAGCGGAGACGCUGCCGAAGAGACGGCCGAGAGCGAAGCCGCCUCCGUCUCUUCCUCUUCCUUCUUCUCCACCUCCGCGGCGGGAGUUGAGGCCGAGCCGCCCCCAGCGGCGCUGAACGGCGAAGGGGCGGAAAGCAUGUCGGAGCCCAGCCCGGAGAGCGCCAGCCAGACCGGAGACGGCGACGACGAAGAGGAGGAGGACGGCGACGACGAGGAGGAAGACGACGACGACGCCGAGGACGAAGACGAGGAGGACGACGACGAGGAGGAGGAGGCCGAGGCCGGCAGCAGCUCCAGCGGCUGCUACACCGACGACACCCGCUCGCUCAGCCCCGGCGGUAGCGAGGCCGACGUCAAGGGCGACUCGGGCGGGGCCGGCGUAGGCACGGGCGGAGGGCCUGGCGGCUGCGGCGGCGGCGGCAACGCGGAGGGCGGCAGCAGCGGAGGAGCCUCGGCCGGGGCUGACGAGGGCUACGGCACGGGGAGCGGCGGCAGCAGCUCCUGCAGUAGUGCCACGUCGGGCGGCCGCAGGGGCAGCCUGGAAAUCUCCUCCGACGGGGAGCCGCUGAGCCGCAUGGACUCCGAGGACAGCAUAAGCAGUACCAUAAUGGAUGUAGACAGUACAAUUUCCAGUGGACGUUCAACUCCAGUCAUGAUGAAUGGACAGGGAGUGACGACUUCAUCUGCAAAAAGUAUUGCUUAUAACUGCUGCUGGGACCAGUGCCACUCUUGCUUCAACUCCAGUCCGGAUCUGGCAGAUCACAUUCGGUCCAUACAUGUAGAUGGUCAGCGAGGAGGGGUAUUUGUUUGCUUAUGGAAAGGCUGCAAAGUGUAUAACACACCAUCAACAAGUCAGAGUUGGUUACAGCGGCAUAUGUUGACCCAUAGUGGGGACAAACCUUUUAAGUGCGUUGUGGGAGGUUGCAAUGCUAGUUUUGCUUCCCAGAGUGGACUGGCUCGGCAUGUACCAACACACUUCAGUCAGCAGAAUUCUUCAAAAGUUACCAACCAGCCAAAGGCAAAAGAAGAGUCUCCUUCUAAAGCUGGAAUGAACAAAAGAAAGAAGUUAAAGAACAAACGGAGGCGCUCCUUACCAAGACCUCAUGACUUCUUCGAUACACAGACCUUGGACGCCAUACGGCAUCGAGCUAUUUGCUUUAACCUUUCUGCUCACAUAGAAAGUUUGGGAAAAGGCCACAGUGUUGUAUUUCACAGUACGGUAAUAGCUAAAAGGAAAGAGGACUCUGGAAAAGUUAAGUUGCUGCUUCACUGGACUCCAGAAGAUAUUCUUCCUGAUGUGUGGAUAAAUGAAAGUGAAAGGCAUCAAUUAAAAACUAAAGUAGUUCACUUAUCAAAACUACCAAAAGAUACUGCUUUGCUUCUGGACCCAAACAUAUACAGAACAAUGCCACAGAAGAGGUUGAAGAGGUAAAAAUCGACUUGGUGGGGGCACCUAACCUACCGUCUUAAUCACUGACCAUGGAAUUAGAAUUGCACAUUCCUUGAGUCCUUUACCUUUAUCUACUCACACACAGACACAAAUACACAGGCACACACACCCUCAGACAUGGCACACCCACCCCCUCUGUGUCCGACUGCUGCCAGCCUAUGAUUGGUCUAACCAUUCUGUGAAUGAAAAUGAAGCAUCUUAUGGAAUAUAUUAUAUAUAAAUGUCUAACAUACCUUUAAUGGGACGGUACAAUGGUGAAGCUUCUCUGGCAUGCUCACCAAUGUUUUUGUUUUCAGUGACUUUUUUGAAACUUGUAUUGGAUGAAUUGGCAAUCCCUGAAUUGUCAGUUGAAAACCCAUCCUAGUCGUUACUCACAUUUUUAAAAAAAAAUUGGGGGGGAAAUCUCAUCAUUGAUAAGCAACAGCCAGAGAGAAUCCUUGGUGAAGCAUCUCCGUUGUCACUUUAGUGAACUUGUGGUGUCCAAUCACAUAACCUUAAGUGGUGGUAUCAUGUUUAAGCAAAAUGGUGGUGGCAUACUUUGAUUUUUAUCAAUAUAUAUAUAUUCAUUCAUUCAUUCGUUCGUUCAGGGGAGGUUGAUCAAUGUUAGGUGUUGCUGUAUAUCCAGUCCUCUUCAUAAGAUAUUACUGUAUAUCAAUCAGACUUUAAUAAUAUCUAUACAAAAAAGAAGAAGAAACAACAUUGGUUUUAUAUUCUAUUUGGCUUUUAAAACUCCAGCUUGCUUUUAAAGAUUAUAUUGUCUCCCUUUCCCUCCUUUUGGCCUAAAUGUUUCUGUUUGUCAAAAAAGAAGUAUUUUUUAAAAAGAAGCAUUUAAAAAUACAAUCGUUUAUGCACCAAAGUUGGCUAUGAAAAGAAUUAAAUUGCUUCCUCACUUUAUUAAGCAAGGAUUUACGAAAAAAUUUUUAACCCUACAGGAAUAGAAAACUUGUGUACUUUGUCUUGUAUUGAGACAAAAAAAAAAGUUGCAUAUAGAGAAUGAGACAUUGCUUGUAAAUAGUUUUGCAGAUUUGUAAUAUAUUUUUAUAUCACAAAAUGUAGAUGUUUUUCCCUAGAGGCAUGGAAGUUAAAAUGUAUAUAUUAUGGUAGAAAUAAUAUUGAAGGAUAUUGUAUGUCAUUAGCGCUGCCAGAAUUUGUUUAAAGCAAGCACCUUUCUUAACAAUAAUAUGUCUCUUGGAUUUCUAAGAGACUCUAUACUACUGUUAAUAAGAACAAAACACAUUGAUAUCCUUUCAGAAAUCUUUGAAGGAUGCAUAAUAUCCAUAGAAGGUUUAUAGCACCUCACUGCUGAACAUGGAUAUGAAAUCAAUCUUUUUCCUUGCUUGUUGGAAGGAACAAAUGUAAAAUAAAUGACUUAAUAAGGUGGCUUAUAUGCAGUCAAACUGCAUGAUUAACCUAACCCUUCCUGUUUAGGAGGAUUUUGUUUUUGUUUUUUAUUUUAUUUUAUUUUUUGCAUUACUACAGCGACUUUUUUACACUAUUUUUUUUUAAUUAAACAGCAAAUAAAUUAAAGUCUAAAGUUUUGGGAGAUAGAAGUUGGGGUUGUUGUUUUUUCCGAAUUGUAUAAGGAGAGCUGCCUUAAUGAAGGUAAAAUGCUUGUUUGUUGCCUGGUGGAUUUAGAAUGUUUUCACAAACAUUUAAAUUUUAUUAUUGUGCAGAUUUAGAAGCACUGCUGACAUGGAAUGGUUCUGGAAUACUGUAGCUGUUUGACAAUGGUAUUUCAUAAAGAUCUGUGGCAAUGUUAACUAUUUAAAACAGAUGCCGUGUUUGUUUUGUCUUUUGUUUUUAAUUUUUGCUUAAGCACUUCAGUUACUGCUUUAUCUUCAUUAAAUGGUCAUCUGUAAUUGCUUGGGUUCCUUUUCUUUACAUUGCCAAAUAGGUGUUUUUCAGAUAUAGUUUGUAUUUGUAUUUUUUUUAAGUCUUAUUGUUUCAUGAAUCUCUUGUAUGCCAUUCAUAAUUGACAGAUGAUUGUAGACUUUUCUGGAGUAUUUUUUCUAAUAAAAGAAAGCAAAUGCAA